AAAGCUGAACGGAGCCGCAGGGGGCCGCUGCGGGGAGGGUCUUCUUGGGGCCGCCUCGCCCCGCCCCAGUCCCGCGGCGGCACCGGUUCGGGCGGCUGCUUGAAGCGCCGGGGCGUCCGGGGCAUGAGUGGGGUUUGGGGGACCGGGGGGCCACGGUGCCAGGCGGCGCUCGCGCUCCUGGCCUCGCUGUGCCGGGCCCGGCCGCCCCCUCUCGGGCUGGACGUGGAGACUUGUAGGAGCUUCGAGCUACAGCCCCCAGAGAGGAGUCCGAGCGCGGCCGACUCAGGCACCUCUGUCAGCCUCCUCGCAGUGGUAGUGAUUGUGUGUGGCGUGGCCCUGGUGGCAGUUUUUCUCUUUCUCUUUUGGAAGCUGUGCUGGACGCGCUGGAGGGGCAAGGAGGCCUCCAGUCCCACUUCUGCUAACCCUCCCCCGGAGGCCCUCCAGGGCCCCGGCUCCAGAGGCAACAUGGCAGACAAGCUGAAGGACAGCAGCACCCUGGGCUUCCUGGAGGCGGCUGUGAAGAUCAGCCACACAUCCCCGGAUAUCCCGGCCGAGGUGCAGAUGUCAGUCAAGGAGCACAUCAUGCGUCAUGCACGGCUGCAGCGACAGACCACGGAGCCAGCAUCAUCUACCAGGCACACAUCCUUCAAGCGCCACCUGCCACGGCAGAUGCACGUCUCCAGCGUGGACUACGGCAACGAGCUGCCGCCGGCAGCAGAGCAGCCCACCAGCAUUGGCCGAAUCAAGCCGGAACUCUACAAGCAGAAGUCGGUGGACGGGGACGAUGCCAAGUCCGAGGCCGCCAAGAGCUGCGGGAAAAUCAACUUCAGCCUGCGCUACGACUAUGAGAGUGAGACCUUGAUCGUGCGCAUCCUGAAGGCCUUCGACCUCCCUGCCAAGGACUUCUGUGGCAGCUCUGACCCCUAUGUCAAGAUCUACCUCCUGCCUGAUCGCAAAUGCAAGCUGCAGACCCGAGUGCACCGCAAGACCCUGAACCCCACGUUCGAUGAGAACUUCCACUUCCCGGUGCCCUACGAGGAGCUGGCUGACCGCAAGCUACAUCUCAGUGUCUUUGACUUCGAUCGCUUCUCCCGCCAUGACAUGAUUGGAGAGGUCAUCCUAGACAACCUCUUUGAGGUAUCCGACCUGUCCCGGGAAACCUCCAUCUGGAAGGACAUCCAGUAUGCCACAAGUGAAAGCGUGGAUCUGGGAGAGAUCAUGUUCUCCCUGUGCUACCUGCCAACAGCAGGCCGGCUCACCCUCACAGUGAUCAAAUGUCGGAACCUCAAGGCGAUGGACAUCACAGGCUACUCAGAUCCAUAUGUCAAAGUGUCCCUGCUUUGUGACGGGCGGAGACUGAAGAAGAAGAAAACGACCAUAAAGAAAAACACUCUAAAUCCUGUCUACAAUGAAGCCAUCAUCUUUGACAUCCCCCCAGAGAACAUGGAUCAAGUCAGUCUGCUCAUCUCGGUUAUGGAUUAUGAUCGAGUGGGCCACAAUGAGAUCAUAGGAGUCUGCCGUGUGGGGAUCAAUGCUGAGGGCCUGGGCCGGGACCACUGGAACGAGAUGCUGGCAUACCCGCGGAAGCCCAUCGCACACUGGCACUCCUUGGUGGAGGUAAAGAAAUCCUUCAAAGAGGAAACUCUGACCCUAAGUGAUGGCGGAUAGAACCAGGGAGUACUCCCAUGGCACCAGCUCAGAAAGAUAACCAUCCCCACGUGACUGGGCCGCCCUGUCCACACAAACUGAAGCUGCCGGCCCCGUGGCGGCUGGAGUUGGGGGUGUGAGCAGGGAGGCCAGAAGGUGCCGGCCCUCGGUUCCAGAAUCACUCUGCGGUGAAUACAACCUAAUUAAGCCAAAUAAUUGAUUCCGAGUCCCAUUCCUUUGAAAACUCUGACUCACCAGUCCAGACUACAAAAGAAAGAGAGAUAAAGUAGAAUCAAGCCCUUGAAAAUGAAUAUUUGAUGAGACAGUAAAGGGAAAGUAACAGUAUAUGGAAAACGGAAAGAGAAUAAAUUGAUUUAUAUCCUUUGGGUUUACUUUUUUCUUGACCUCGCACACCAAGCUCCCGAGCCCGCCCCUCCCCCUCUCAUUACCCUACCAUUUUGUGCUCAGCGGAUCAUUUCUCCGUAUGAAGAAGCUGAAAAUGACAUUCAUCUUGGCAACCUAGGAUUUCACCUACACUUUUAGCACCCACAGUUUGAGUAUCUUUAUAAAACUGCAUUUAAAACCCUACCAAGCAGAUAGGAAGUAAACCCUCUUUGGGCUCAAGUGAUGCUUUGCACUCGAACACCUCCCCCCUCAAUCCCCCUUAAAGCUCUCAUCUUGCCUCCUUGGUUAAGUUCUGGACAAUGAACAAGAGACUUGCUCCUGGAACUUGCUUCUCCCAUUCAUAUCCUAUAUACAGAAAUCUCACUCUCCCGCUCCCAGGAAGAUCUAUAAAGUACUCACAUCUAUAAAGUACUCUCUAUUUAGAUUGUACCUUCCUUUGAGAAGUUUCGAGUGCCGUGAUCAUUUCUUUUUUAUUAAUGAGAACAGAGGGCACCCUACUUGCCCACUUGUUUGGAGUUUUAAAAUAAGGUUGAGUGGAACAAACGAACUGAAAAGGCAUUUUCCCCUGCUGGGAUGUUUUCAGUGGGUAGAAAUGGAGUAAGCCCCAGCGAGCGUCCUUCCCUGGUGGCAGCGGUGGCAGGGGUCCCCUUCCCUCCAGGCACUGCUGCCUGGUGCUGCGUGUCACUGCUAUCACCGCACACAGAGCCAAGGCUGACCAGCAGCCUUCUCCAAGGUGUUCUAUCAUGAAGGGCCAAGUGGAGAUCAGCUUCCAGAGAUUUCACAUCUGUCUGAGCGUGACCCCAUUGCAGAACAACAAAAGGUCUUAAGGAACACAGGCGUCCUGGCACAAUCACCUUCCCAGGCACCAGGGAAGGGAAGCCAGUCAUUUUGACUUCAGAGCCACCGUGCUAAGCCUGCUGGAGUCAUUCACCUUCCCGUUGUCCACGAACCCCAUCUCCCUCCUCUGUCUUCACAGAAACCAUCAGGGGCUGGCAGGGAAGCCAGCGUGCCUUCUGCAUGUGUCCUGGAUGGACAGUUACGCUCCGCGUGACUUGGGCUAUUAUAAGAAAAAAAAAGGUACCCUGUGUGGCCAUUUUGCUUUUUCUCUUCCGCAUUGGCCUAUCAAUCAGAUUGUUUAAGAUUGUUUAAGUGGCAUGCUUGACCAGGGGAGAAGCCAGGAAUCACUGUGUAACUUUCAGCGGCCCUAAAGGCUGGCACAGAGAAAGUAGAUCCCCUAAGACAGAGGUGUGUUAGAUGAGAGCAUUGGUGACCAUCUUGUGUCGCCAUCUGGUUAAGAGGCACUUGAGUCAGAAGUCACCAUGGGCUCAACAACCAGGCACUUAUUUAUUUAAAAUAUUU